AUGCGACCUCUUAUAAGGCGAUGCUGUAGCCACCUCCGGGGUGGCAGUCUUAGACCCAGCUCACCAAGUUCACCAAACAGCUUUUGCUCUCCUUUCCCCGUUUGGCUCAUCCGACGGAACCACGGUGGAACAAAUGCAUCCUGGCCGUCUCGCAAUGCCAACGCCGAUGCCAUCGUCGUUGGUGGUGGAGCCGCCGGCAUUGCCGUCGUCGGCAACCUCCUCGAAGCCAUACCGCGCGGCAGGAUAGUGUGGAUCGACCGGUCAUUCGACGGCGGUAGCAUUGGUCAGCUCUACCGUGAGAUACCGAGCUACUCCCCGGCGGGCGACUUCCUUCAAUAUGCUCAAGCCCUCGCUACAUUCCGGGACAUAUGCGACGCAGCGCCGAAACCCAACGCCCUCGACGCACUGCGGGAGCUCGAUCCCGAGCUGACCUGCCCGCUCAAACACGCAGCCGACAUGCUCACACUCAUCUCCGACGGCCUGAUCCAGCACCCGCGCGUCCAGCCCGUGCUGGGCACCGUCACGCACUCGGUGCGCAAUCCCAAGACCCGCCACUGGCAAACAACGCUCACUCCCAACCACGACAUCGGCAGCCUCCCGCCCACCUCCCCGCUCGCCCCCCACCACCGCUACUCCCAACAUCAACAACACACGGCCCCCUUGCUCGUCUACUGCGUCGGCACGCGCCCGCGCACCACCGACCUCCCCUCCCCCGUCUCCCGCCUCACCCUCGACACCUGCCUCUCGCCGACCCGCCUCGCCCGCCUGCUGCCCGCCGACGAGCCGCGGACGAUCGCGGUCGUGGGCGAGGGCCACGCGGCGGUGCUGGUGCUGAGGAAUUUGGUCGGGUUGGUGCAGGGCGGGGUGCGGCCGUUGGUGAAGAAAGGGAUUCGCCGAGAAUGGAAGAGGGAGGUGCCGGGAGGGGGAGGCGAUCAAAGAAAGGAUUUGGAGGGUGUCGAUUAUGUGGUGCAGGACGCGGGGUUCCGGCGGACCCGGUUGCCUGAGGUCAGGCCUGGGUUGGGCGUGCUGGGGGAAGAUGGUGCCGAGGUGGGUGGUGGCGACGAAGAGGGGGCGUUUGGUAAAGAUGCCGGACUGGGAUCGGGAGCCAUCGGGGCGGCGGUCCCAAGAGUAUUAUUAGGUAAUAUCGCGGGGAUUCGGCCGACCGAGGCGGGGUUAUAA